AUGUCGACUGUGAGAUUAUUAUCAGAUAAUUUUAUUCAAUCGCUCAUUCGAUAUCUGCAAUGGAAACACUAUUUUCUAAUAAAAUUAAUUGGAUUUCUAACUAUAUUCAUUUCAUUAAUAAUCGUAAUAAAAAAUUCUUCUUAUCAACAACGUUCAUUAUCAUUUCUUGCUUCAAAAAAUCAAUAUGAUUCUUUAUCGGCACUAAUUUUACAAAAUCAAAUCAUCACUAAAUUAAAUCUAACUCGACCUACAUUAGUGACACCCCCAAAUUAUCUCGAUCCAUUUGUCUAUUCUCGAAUUCAGUUCACACAUAACGAUGAACAACGAACUGAAGCAAGUCGAAAAUGGUGCCAAGCACAAAGUAAAUUUAUUCGACCGCAAGAUCUUGAACCAUACAAAUGUAAUGACGUAAAACAAUUUGAAAAUAGUGACCAUUCAUUUUGUCUCGAUCCAUUCGUACGCAAUUCGUGUUUAAUCAUGUCUUUUGGAAUGGGCAAUCAUCGUCUUAAUAAUACAUUUGAUAAUCAAUUGUAUGAUUGGGGUGGAUGUCAAUUACUCACAUUUGAUCCUUAUCAACAGCCAACUCAAACAAAUACAACGAAUAUAAUGAUUCCUAUUAAACAGAAUUGGACUUUCUAUCGAGUCGGUUUAACAGCAUCGGCUGCUGUUGAUGAUAAUUCAAAUUUAAUGACAAUAAGAAAAUUAGUUGAAUACGUAAAUCUUGAUUCUGUAGGAACACGUAUUGAUAUUCUUAUAAUUGAUAUUGACAAUGCCAAUGAAUGGAAUUUAUUAGAUGAUAGUGAUUUUAUACUUUAUUUAUGUCGACAUGUAAAACAAUUAAUAAUAAAAACAAAACCAAUACAUUCAAAAAGAUUUCAACAUUAUCGCAUAUAUACAGUUAAACUAAACAAAUGCUUUUCACUAUUACGUCGACGUUCACGCCUCUAUUUACUUGGACGACACAAUGAAAUCGAAAGCGAAUGGUCUUUAACAACAUUUUCAAUAAAUCUUGGUUUAUUUUGUGAUGAAAUUGACAUGUCCAUGUAUUUGCUUGUCUACGGUCAUCUAUAUCUUGUUAAUACAAAACUUUAA